AUGGCCGAUCGCUCACAGUGGAAACGCGUCGAAGUCGUCGUGCCCGCGGGUCCGCUAGGUCUGAUCGUCAGCAAGAACGCAACGGGUGAGGGCCACGUCAUAGUGGACGGUUUCCGUCCCGUCAGCAGCUCAGCUGAGCUCAGCGCCCUCGAGAAACAGGGCGAGAUCGGACCCAACUCGCUGUUACUGGGCGUGAACGACCACGACUUCACGGACGCGGAGGCCUCGUGGAGCUUUGAAAAGGUCCGUGAGAUCCUCGUGAGCACGAGUGGCGCUGAGCGUGUCGUGCGCUUUCUGGUCCCGCCUCCACCACCUGCUGUGCAAUUUGGAGCGAUUACGAAUCACGAAGACGGAAAACGCUUUGCAGACGUGUAUACACUGGGCAAGGAGCUGGGCGCUGGAACGUACUCCGUGGUCCGAGAAGCGACGCACAAGACGACGGGCGAGCGCUUUGCGAUCAAGUGCAUCAAGCGCACGCAGUUGUCGGCGGACGAUCUGCAGGCUCUGGUGGCAGAAGUGAAGAUCUUGAGGGAAAUGCAGCACCCACAUAUUGUCAAGCUGUACGACGUGUUUCAGGAGGAGAAAUACUUUUUCUUAGUGACAGAGUUCAUGCCGGGAGGGGAGCUCUUUGAACGCAUUGUCAAGAAGAAUUUUUACUCGGAGAGAGAAGCACGAGACCUUGUCAAGGUGCUGCUGCAGACCAUUGCUUUCUGUCACGAUGCUGACGUGGUUCAUAGGGAUCUAAAGCCCGAGAAUUUGCUAUUGAGCAGUGCAGACGACGACGCAGACAUCAAGUUGGCUGAUUUUGGCUUUGCAAAAAAAGCAGCAAUUCAGAGCAAAGAUGCGGGGCUGUCCACAGCCUGUGGUACGCCUGGGUACGUUGCUCCUGAAAUUUUGCUGUCGAAGCCGUACGGCAAAGAAGUGGACAUUUGGAGUAUCGGAGUCAUCACGUACAUUCUGCUGUGUGGGUAUCCUCCGUUUCAUCAUGAUAAUCAAAGUGCGCUCUUCCGACUCAUCAAAGCGGGACGUUUCGAGUUUGACUCGCCAUAUUGGGACGAUGUGUCGGCAGAGGCUAAAGACCUUAUCAGCAAGAUGCUAAUUCUGACACCGACGGAGCGUUGGACGGCGCGCCGGUUGCUGGACCAUCCUUGGAUUGCGGCUGAUGCUGUGAAGGACGUGCAGCUUACGACGGCGCUGCAGGAGCUGCGCAAGUUUAACGCGCGCAGUAAAUUUCGUGCUGCAGUCAGCACUGUGAAGGCCACGAUUUCUCUUACGAAGUCAUUGACGAUCUGCGGCAGCCCGCGCAGUAGCAAGGACGACGACGACGAGGAGGAUGACAGCCAGAUCCAGUCACCAGUUGACGAAAGUACAUCUGCUGUGCCGGCACCCAGCUCUCCAUAA